AUGCAGUAAACACCCCGUUCCACGUGAGGGCAGUACUGUAAAUAUUUUUCCCUUCUGUUCUUCCGUCUCCAAAAACAUGGCGGCACCCGUGGCUUUCAGGCGAGAAUUAAUUUCUUUGGCAAGGAUAUUUACACGAGUCUCCGGUUUGGGGCCGAGAGGUCGGGCCGCAUGCUCAGGGUAUAAAACAUGUAACGUUAUCAGAUCGCUUCUCCCUCUAACAACCCGCAGUUCCUUUCACACAACAGCCUUUUCAUCUAGGUCAUCAUCGAUCACUGUAACUGAUGAGCCUGACAUACUGUUCCAAAAGGUGUCUGUUUUGGUCAAAGGUCAUGACAAAGCCGUCUUGGACAGUUAUGAGUAUUUUGCUACAAUGGCAGCAAACGAGUUGGGGAUCACCAUUAACAAAGUUUAUGAACCGAAAAAGUCAGUGGACAGACUCACACUCCUCAAGUCAGUACACAUCUACAAAAAACACAGAGUCCAGUAUGAGAUGAGGACAAACUACCGCUGCAUUGAGCUGUCUCAUCUGACAGGCUGCACAGCACAGGUGUACCUGGAGUACAUCCAGAGGAACCUCCCUGAAGGUGUAGCUAUGGAAGUGACAAAGACUACCAUGGAGAAAGUUCCAGACCACAUCCUGGAACCCAUGUGGAAGGACCAUCCCGUUGAUGACAAAUGUCACCAGUGAAUGCAGUAAAGAGUAGAGAGAAUGAAAAUUGAGGACUUCUGUGAUCAGCUGCAGCACUAUUGUAUAAUAUCUGUAUACUGUAUAUUAAGUCUUCACUGUGGUCCAACAAGUUCAUGUAGAAAUGUGGAAACAACUGUAUAUAUAUUUCCCCCAAAUUAAAUCAUUCUACCCAA